UCAUGUAUUUCAUAUUGGUAAUCAAUACUAGUUAUUAUAUGUCAUUGCGUUUAAUGUAUACCUGGAAUAUCGGAUUGUUUAGAUACACUAUGGCACUUACACGAGUUUUUGGUGUUGUGAAGGUUGUUUUGGCAAAGAUUUGGCUGUUGUUUGCUUACGGAGUGGCGGCGGAGGCAGUGGAGGUAGCAGCGGAGGCCGAGGACCUUGUGGGAGAGGGCUAUUACAGAAAGUUUCCUGGCCAGGUAACACAAAUGUUGACGAACUCAUGUUUCUUCCAGGCGUACUAUGAAGAUAAUCCGUCGGAAAUAUUUGUCGCUCCUCAAUGCAACACAACAAAUCCAGAUAUCAAGACGGAUCAAGAACCUAUAUUAUAAGUGGAACUUGUCUUCUUCUGCUUUGGACGACAGCGAAAAUUUGAACCUCGAAACUCUGGGCAUAAUUUAUAUUCCUAAUUGGACGUUUAAAACACAGAAUAGAACUUUAUUGAAGGAUCUCAGAUUACAAAAUAUCGUUUUGCAAUAACAUAUACACAAAAUAUUUACAUUUAUACAAAAAAUCAUACAUACGAGGUUUUGUGGAACAUACUUUAUCUGUUUAUCGAAUGUUUCUUUUUUGUGACUAAUAAAAUUAAUAACGAAAGUU